AUGGUGUACAGCCCCCUAGCAAAGUUGUUGGCAGCAUUGUCCUUACCAGUGAGCAGCUAUUCUGGUCGGGAAAAGAAGAAAACUGGAAAGAGGGAUUCGUUAAUUUAUUCAUCUAUAUCAAAUUUGAAUAAUGUCUGCAAUAGUGUGCAGAAAGCGAUCUUUCUUCGAAGAGAUACUAACAACGUCACGCUGAUGUCGGGGUCACCACUAGUUUCCAAGAAACGUUGCUGCUCAUCCGCCACCUCCCCAGUUUGGUUCUCCUACUCACCGUCGAGGAGUCUUAUUGAUCAACUCAAGGCUUUGUUUCCUGAUAUGGAUAGUGAGCUUUUUGAGAAAGUUUUGGAAGAAUCUGGCAAUAAUUUAGAUGCUACUAUCAAGAGCCUGCUGGGGCUUCAUGUUGGAUAUGCAGAAGGUGCAGAGGAUAAUUGGAGAGGGAAGAGAUGA